AUGGCUACCGAAGCGUUUGUGUUGAAAGGAAGCGCCUUGUUAUCGAUAAGAGCGUUGAAGAGUUUUUUCAUGUUGGUAUCGGCUGUUGUAAUGCUACUUAUUUUACCAUUUAGAGGAAGAAGAAGGGUAUCACCUGUUGAUAAAGAGGAGAAGAAUCAGAAUCAUGAUUGUUGUCAUCAUCACCGGAAAGGCGCGGUGGUUCGUGUUCCGGCCAAGAUUGUGCCGUGGAAGAGUGGUGGUGGUGGUGGUGUGGCUGCAGUUAAGGUGUUUGAUUAUUUGAUGAGAAGGGAAUUGGCUAUAAAAAGAGUUUUGGAGGAUGGUGAUGAGAAAUGUAUGAGGGAGUAUGGGCUUUUUGGAACCAAGAGGGGUGAUACUAUUUUCACGCAAUGUUGGACUUCUGUUUCUGUUAAAAUUAGGGGACUUGUUAUUCUUAUGCAUGGUCUUAAUGAACACAGUAGUAGAUAUAGUAAUUUUGCAAAGAAGCUGAAUGCUAAUGGCUAUAAAGUUUAUGGGAUGGAUUGGAUUGGUCAUGGUGGAAGUGAUGGACUGCAUGGUUAUGUACAUUCUCUUGAUUAUGCAGUUUCUGAUUUGAAAGUAUUUAUUGAGAAGGUUAAAACUGAAAAUCCUGGUCUUCCAUGUUUCUGCUAUGCACACUCAACAGGCGCAGCAAUUACUCUCAAGGCACUUCUUGAUCCAAAGAUUGAAGCUUGCAUAGCUGGUGCUACAUUCACAUCACCUGCAGUUGGAGUUGAAGCUUCUCAUCCAAUUCUGGAGCUACUGGCUCCAAUACUAUCAUUUUUGCUGCCAAGAUUUCCAUGUAAUUCUGCAUACAAGAAAGGCUUGCCAGUUUCUCGAGACCCAGAGGCUGUUAUCGCGAAAUAUACAGACCCGUUAGUAUGCACUGGAUCGCUUAGAAUACGAACUGGAUACGAGAUUCUUCGAAUUACAAGUUACUUGCAACAAAACCUAAGAAAAUUGAUAGUUCCAUUUCUUGUUCUACACGGCACUUGUGAUUCUGUGACUGAACCUACUGCUUCACAAAAACUAUAUGAACAAGCUUCAUCAAGUGACAAAAGUAUCAAAUUGUAUGAAGGAUUCUCACAUGAUUUACUCUUUGAACCAGAAAGAGAGGAGAUCACUAAAGAUCUAAUUCAAUGGUUGAAUAGUAGAGUGUGA